AUGUCCCAGUUUAAAGUUGAAAAAGGUUUGGAUGUACAGAGCAUUUUUUCCUCCCAUUCAUUAACAUCGACCGACUGUCGAUCGAAAGAAACAGUUUGUUAUGGCUUCAUUCUAAGUGAAUUUUCUUCUCUCCUUUUGUGUGUCAUCUCUCCAUUUUUUAGUCACAAAAGUGAAAGGGUUAUCAGAUCUCUCUGAGAAAGCUAAAUUCAGUGAAAAGACAGAACCCUCCUCAAAGCGAAGUCGAGGAUCUGCUAUCAGUAGCGAACGCCCUGGCUCUUCUCAUGGGAGGCAAACGGCGCUAAAGGUAAGACAAUUGACGCCAAAUCUCAUCUGCCAUCGCUGUUUGUAUUUCUUUCAUGAUCUCGACAGUUUAUUCUCUCAGAUUUUGUGGGCCGAAGGAAUUCAAGCGAAUGUUGUUGUCGGCUCGCUCAAUGGGUUGUGAUUCUUCAUAAAAUUAGAAAAUCUUCCAUUUGUCCGUCAUUGCUUGAAGGGUGUUUUUGUAGUUACGCUGUUUUCUACUGGUCACUCGGUUUACCACUCGCAGCGUUGUUCGUUCACAAGCUCAAUGUCUGUUGAUAAAAGAUUCUUAAUUCGCUGUUCAUCGCAUUAAAGCUACACCAACAUCUCGGCAAUUUUCAGAAAAACUGUUGUGCUUUGUAACGAUUUAAAAACGAAUAUUCUCGCAUUUGUAUAGGAAUUUAGACUUUCAUCGACGAUUGCAAUGAUAAAAGUUGUUCGAAAUCUGCUUCGUGUGGGAAGAAAAAUUGACUUAGCUCACAUCUAAGGUUUCGCACCCCUCAGAGCGCUUAUUGCUUGAGUAAACAACACUUUUUACUUCGACAUAUUGUACAUCCUGCCCUAAAAUAUUUACUUGAAUAUGACUGGAUGUUGUGGUCGAAUUUCGUGCUUUAGAGCCACCUUGGAUAAUUAAAAACUGUUUUUCAUGCUAUUUCUUUAGGCUGUCAAAGAAAAUAUUUUCACUUUGAAUUGUUUGAUUUUCUAAUUUGAACAAGUGAUAUUGUUGACAUUUUGGAAGCGACAGUGGGAGCAAUUUGAACAAAAUUGAUUUCAGCUGAUCUGUUAGAAAGUUUCUUUAUGGGAAAACUUUGAUCGCACAUCACUCUCUAUUUCUUCAAUCUGUAGUUAAAUACACAUCUGGGUAUUUUCUCUAUGAAAUAUCUAUUUUUAAUUCAAGAUUGAAUGAUCAUUAGUAUUGGGAUAUGUACAGUAGGAUAUUGAAACUUUUGUAAUUUUUGAGGGUUUCUCGCGAGUCCUUGAAACCUAAGAUGUAAAUUAAUACCAAUAGGGAAAUAAAGUAAACCAAAACAUAUCUCCUGUCAAAUUAAAAAAGAUAACAACAACAGCAAAGUAGUAAAGAGAAGAGGCAAUGGAAAGAUUCCUAUAAAUUAAAUUUGAUGGACUGAAAUUAGAAUUUUUGUAUUGAUGGCGGAUAAUUGCACACAGGAUUUGAUUUGGCAUGCCUUAAGCUAAAUGGAUAUUUUUAGCAACCCUGUAGAAAGUUUUGACCUUAAAACUAAAGCAGCUGUCAUUUUUUCACCCUUAAGAUCAAAAUUUAAGUCAUGACUUUUGUCACCAGAUAAAGGAAUUGUUUUAAAUUUGAAAGGAAAUAAAGACUUAUUGGGAUUUUCAAGGAUUUUGAAGACUGCAUCUCAUUUGAUUGCUUCAAGAUAGCCAAAUGUGAAAUGUUUAAUUCUUUCAAUUGGUGAUGGAUAAUAGUCACGUCUGAUGCAUGCAGCAUGCCCCAAAACUGUAGGAUUCACCUAGAUGCAAGUGUAGGCAUUUCAAGUAAUCUUCACCAUUAAUUUGGUUUUUGAAUAGUAGUGUGCUUUUGUAAGCUUUUGUAAGCAUGCAUAUUGAUUCUUGUGCAGACUAACUGUUAAUUGAUUGAGAGCCCUCUACUGCUGAAAGCCUUACCUUGUAUUCUUGUUUUAAGAUGAGGACAGUUGGCUCUGUACAGGCCUUGGUUAAUGUCAGAAGUAGCACCGUAUUUUGGUCAAUAGUACACAAGAGAACAAAUGUUUAACAUCUUGGGCUCCAAGUGUUAAAGCUAAUACCAAAGUCUCACCUUGGAUUGAUAUAUUUGAUAUCAGUUGAUAAUUAAUUACUGUUUAUAUUUAUAUUACAGAAAACUGCAUCACCAUCAAAAUCCACAUCCAAUGAAACUGCUGGUAGAAAGUCCACAUCCAAUGAGGCUGCUGGUGGCAAGUCCACAGGAAAAACAACACUCUCACAUCGCACCAACCCACCAAAACCUGCAACAAGAACAAAACAAACUGCUCAGGACAAUUCAACAACAGUCAAAAAGGUAAACUACACAACUAGUGCUCCAUUAAACCUUUGAAUUUCUAUCAAUAAAUAUUAUUUCAGUUUACACUUGGUGAUCGGCAAGAGGGUUUGUCAGACACCUUUAUGUCAUAAAUUGAAUGAAACAACUGCAGGGAUUGCUAAGUGUGAGCAAUUUGGGGUUGUGACUGAACUUUGGUCAUUAAAUUGAAUUUUCGGCUUUAACAAAAAGGCCAGCAAAUGGUAUAUACAUGUAGCUGUUUAAGCUUGAAUUGAAAAGAAGCAACUAAUUUUUAGCUGGGCUAUUAAAUGCUAGAAGAAUGAUUUUUGCUUUGAAGUUAAAAAUUAGAGCAACAGUAUUGCUUAAAAGUAAGUUGACAGUCCUUCAAAACUUGAUUCUCAAACUUGAUUUUUGAUCCUUGGUUCAUGAAAACUUCUAGAAAUAUUUCCUAAAAAUCCUUGAAAACUUCUUCAAGCAUCUCUUUCUUUGAUUUGAGCAAUAUUGUAAUGCUAGUAAUUUCUUUCCUCCCGAAAAUGGUAUCCACUAUGGCAAAAGACAACAUGUAGUUUUUGGAUAAUGAAAGUUUUUUACAUGCACGUGGAGCCCAGUUUUACUGAAAGCCAAAUGGGGAUGACCAAGACUGGUUUUAACUUCACCUCUUUGCUGCCAAGAUCUAAUCCAAUCUAGUAAUUCUCCUUACAGUCUGCCAUAGAAUUUAUGUGAUGUUAGUAUGGAGAAUUUGGUAUUGGAUCAACUAAUAAUCACCUAAUUGAUAUUUUUCUUUAAUCUCAUGACUUGUCUGCUUGAUUUUGUUUCAAUGUUGCAAGGAACAAAUUCUCUCCUGGUCACUCUUAAAUGUGUUAUACUGUAUGAAGGCACUUUGUAGCCAAGAAAGUAUGAUCAUGUACAUAGUACUUAUUAAUUUUUACAUACAUCUUGUUUAAGCUCUUGAGCAACUGACUGAACUUGUGUCUUAAGAAAUAAUUGGUUUUUAGGCUGGUUGAAAUGUAUUUUUCGCCCCACUUAGUAGUUGAUUGGGAACAGUACUUUGUGAAUUGUACACUUAUGUAAUAUGUAGCUUGAAUUCUUCCCAAUUCUCAGAACUACAGUGUAGACAAUGAAAAAGGUAUCCCGGUAGUGUUGAGGUUGACUUGAACAGUUGAAUAGAUUUAGAAAAGUCAUGGGUCAGGAAAUUUGGAUUUAGUUUAAUUUGAAAUGAAUGAUGUCUUUUUGAAUUUUUUAGUAAGUUUAUAGAUAUAAUUUAUGUUUUUAAUUAUUUUUGCUUAUACAGCUCAGAUUUUCAUUUCUUUAAUUACUUUCUACUACUUUCAAAUGAUGAUCUUAUCAUAAUGAUGACUUACAAAUUUUGUAGCGCUUCAAAUGGGAGCUGUUAUAUGAGGCUACUUUCAUUCACCUUAACUGAAUAAAAUUCAGGAUAAUUUGGUGUAAAUUGGCCACCGUAAAGAGUUUCUAAGCAGAUGUUUUGAGUGUUAGCACUUCAAGCAUUAGUCCUCUGGAGUGUAAGAGUGUAUUGAAUAAAUUUCAGUCUGCAGAGCAAUGUGCUCAUGAAGAGCUGUGCGAGUUAACAUUUGCCAUGUGUCAGAGAAAUAAUCGGCAUGUACUUUACACAAGAAACCUAUGUGAGGGAGUUGACACUGUACAAAGAGGUGGAUUUAGACUCAAAGGAAAAAUAUGACUCUUGAAAAGUUAAGGUUUUUUGUGAAUACAUGUAGGUUUUAAGUGCAUUGGAAUUCAUACUGUAACUUUGUGAGUUGUGUACAGUAAUCAGCAUUGCUCAGAGUAAUUACAGUAAUUUAUAACUGACUAGUUUUAGGGCUUGCUUUUAAUUGUUCUGUUUUAAGUACACUUUUUUACUAGAUCUAAGCAGCCACCAUGGUAAAAAAAUUAUUUUACUGUUGGAAGAGUCUUUGUAACAUGCUGAUUAUCAUUUGUUAGGUAAAACCAUAUUAUUUCAAGUUUGAACUUUUUUCUGCCAUGAAUGCAAACAAAUUCAUACCAGUGUGAAUGCAGUUUGCUCCUUCCAUAACUUCAACAUGAGAUGGUGUGCUACUUACAGCCAUUUGUUUUUGAAAGGAAUGUUUUUGUUUUGUUAUUUGUAAUUACUUCAACACAUGACAGUUUCAGGUUCAGAUGUAUAAUUACACAGUGACUGUGUUAUUUAUUUUUUACUUUACAUUUUGAAGCUUCACUUUUUAUGCUAGGAGUUUCAGAAGAAAAUUUCAUGUUUUGAAUUUGUUGUCAGUAAUAAUACCACCAUGCAUGCAAGGGAUGAAAUUCAACAUUUGACCAUCACAGAUUGAAUUGAAUUUGAAUGCAUCAGUGAAAGUGAAUGCUACUUAAUUUAUCUGUGUCAUUCUCAAACACUUGUCAAUGCCUUGUGUUUGCAGUCAAAUCUUUUGUAGGCGAGGUUAGUUACCUUAGUUCCACAGGACUUUCUUGUUUUCUGCACACUGCACUUUCUGAGGCUAGAGAUCCCUGCUGAGAGUUUCAGAAUUAAGAAAAGUUCCUUUCUGUCACUUUUGAAACAGAGCUGAAAGAAGAUUAGUGAUUGUUAUUAUUAUUUUAUGCUGGCUUAACCUAAGUUUGUAUGCUUUUCAGCUUUGUGUCUGUAGCUAACAUCCCUCUUUCAUUUCCUUAACUAAUGUGCAAGGUGAUUUGAAUAUUUAAUAAAAGGUUCCUUGUUAUCAAUAUCACACAUAGGUGAGGAAAAAACGUGCCAUUUUGAACACAAUACACUUCUGAAUGAAUGAAUCCUAAUUUGUGCUUUUAUUUGAAUAAUCCCUGGGAAAAAACAAUGAAGUCUAUUUUUAAGUGGUUGAAUCACCCUUUCGGAUUUAGCAUCUAUUGUUUUGUACUUCUGAUUUCAAAAUUUUAUGCUUGAACUUGUUGUUCUUGUGGCUCAAUAUUUUUAUAUUUUUUCUUAUGCCUGUUUUUUUUUUACAAGUUCAAAUUAAGAUAGCCAUAGAUAUUUAUUGCUAGCAGGUAUCAUGCAUUAUUUAUUACUGACCUGUUCCAAAAUCUGCAUUUAAAAUAACCGUGACUUAGUUGUAGAGAUGUAAAUAUAUGCAAAUAAAACACUUCUUUAUUGAUUGGAGAGGAAGUGCAUUUGUUGCUACUUUCGCAAGUGAGAAUAUUGAUAAAUAGUGUUUAGGAAGCAGUAUGUCUUUUAUCCUUCUCUGUGGUGAAAGAUAUCUACAGCAUGAAGGAAGCAAUUUGUACAGUUUGUGAGUCCAAAGAACCUGUUAUUUGUUGUGCUACUUGUGAGGCAUUAUAUUGUGCAAGCUGUAAAAUUUCCAUCCAUGAAAAGGUAACAGUCAAUUCUCCACAAGUUAAACCUCUGAUGGAUAGCUAACUUUUGACAAAUUUUGUUGUACUUUUGUGGCUGCUGUUUAACCUUUUCUCCAAGGUGUUUUUUAUCUCAUUAUUGAUUCAUGUCACACACGAAGAUAAAAACAUGUGGAGAGAUUAUUCUGAACAAAACACAAAGCACAUGUUAAGAGCUGUUCAGAGAAUACAUGCAUGAUCCUAAAAACUUAAAUCUUUCUUUAUGCCAAGCUGUUUCAGCUUAAUUAGCACAAAUAUUUCUUCUUUACAACAAAUGCUACAUGUGCUUGGUUUUAUUGUAUGCUAGCAGAUGUAGCUCAGAAAACAGACUUCAAAGUUUCAGAUCAGUUCUCAUUUCAAGUACAGAACUGAAUCUAUAGAGUCUGCUGUGUAAAUAAAAUAUAAUCUAUUGGUUAGUUUGAAUGUUAGUAAUUUGUUACUGUUGAUCAGAACUAACUUUAUAAAAUUACUAAGUUGAACAUGUUUUCUGUUGUAAGAGAGAAUUAGAUAUGUAUAUGCAAUUAUUAUAGUUAUCCCUUUAAAUCAGCAGUGUAUUUUAUUAUCUUGGUCAGUUUUCUUUGAGAGAAUAAUCUUAUUUUACUUCCUAAUUGCUUGCAAAAAUGGGAUUAGUUAUAAAUAUGAUGAUUUCUGUUUAAUCACAUAACCUUGACUUUUAAACACAGCUAUAAUCAGGAACCUUUUCACAUUUGCAUCUUUUGAUGCUGAUUGCAGUUAUUUUGAUUGGAUUAUAAAUAGGUAGAUAUAUUCUUAUUAUGUGUAAUUUUUGCAGAGUUGUGCAGCUUCUCAGCAGGACAAGCAAUCUUCUGGCACAACCACAGGUAAUUCCUAAAAUUUUGGUUAAUUUUAAACUCAAAGUGAACCCUUUAACUCCCAGAUCAAAUUUGUCAUUCUUCUUACCAUCAACCAUAACAAUUCUUAUAAUGUUAGUUCAGAGAAUUCAGUAUUGAAUCAACUAAUUAUCCCCAAAUUGAUAUAUUUCUUUAUUCUCAUCACUUAUCUGGUUGACAUUAUAUUGAUAUUGUAAGGAGAAAUUCUGUCUUGGUCACUCAUGGGAGUAAAAAGGUUAAAGUAGCUAAAUGUUUUUAUCUACUUAGGGUAAUAAAACAACAGAGUUAAUGUUGCGGGCAAAAAUUUGCUUUGGGCCGGACUCAGAGUAAAUUCAGCUCAAGCCAUCUGGCGUUGAGUUAAAAUGAUCUCUGUGAAGGACCCAGAACAUACUUAUGCCCAAAAGUGUGAAUGCUGACUGUAACUAUUAUUAUCACUUUGGACGGCAUUGAGAAAAUAUGUAGUAAAAAAUAGCAACAAAAUAGUCUGAACAAUUAAAGGGGUUUAGCUGAAAUACCCAUUUUAUCCUGCAAAAUGUGCCACAAUGCCCAAAAGGUUGAUAGUAAUAGUGUAUUAUUCUUAAUCUAAAUAAAAUUUCCUUUACAGAUACCUCAGUAACUAAGAAAAGGCCGACCAGUCAUAGUGUUACUCCUUCACCACGCACAAGAACAACAGCAGUUUCAAAGCCAUUAUCUCAAAAGCCUGUGAAAGAACCCAACAGCAAAAAGAAAAGUGAAAUUAAAAAAGAGAAUAGUUAUGAUGCUAGUGAUAGUGACUCUGAGCAUGGCAGUGUAGAUCGACUCAACACCGAUGGUGACUAUGGCUAUGAGACUGGUUCCCUUGAUGACAGUGAUGUGUCGACAGGGGAAUUGCUUAGUCCAUCAGCCAAAGAUGAGAAUAAGACUAUUUUAACAAAUGAACAAAGUGGAAACCCUACUUGUACAUAUACCGAAGUUGAAUUUGGACAAGUUUUGGCGACAAAGGAAGGAGAUGUUGUCAUUAGGAAUUCAGAGAAAUUUGAUUCAGAAGAAGGAGAGUUAGUUGUAGUGGAUGGCAGUGCAUUUGGUGAUCGCAAAUCUUACACCUAUGCAGGAGAUGAGUUUCGACCCUUGAUUGUGACAGAACAAGGGGGAAUUUCUGCCCCUGUUGAGGCAAAGAAGUAUUCCAAGAGCUCUGAGGAUGAAAAUGGCAAUGGUGAUAGGCAAAGGCCUGGUGGAAGGAAAAAAAUGGUGACAGAAUAUGAAGAAGUUCAGAUCAUUGAUGGUAGCUAUGACAGAACGAACAUAAAGGUGACAUCUGCCAAUCAAAAGAAUAGGGCAGAGACUGACGACUCACAUACGUUGGGUCCACUUAAUGAUGUUUAUGCUGUUGUGCAGAAAAAGCCAAAGGAAACUGCUUGUAAUGAGAAUGCAGAACAGAAACAAACUUGUACAACUCAAAGGCCCACUCUUGAGUUGGGUGAUGUUGCCCCUGCAAUCCCAGGUGGACGCAAAGACUCGAGUAUGUAUGAAGCAAUAACAGGAGAGCUUCAGAAUAUGAUAAUGGCAUGUGACGAGGUGUCACUAGAUCAGAUAUCAUCCAGGACUAAUGCUAAUGACAAGAAAGGUUCUCCAGGAGAUAAAAAGGUUCCACCACCCAUUCCGAAACCUUAUUCGGGACCUGGCUUCAAUUCUCUGGCAUCAAAGGAACCAGUAAUGAAAGAACUAUCAGAAAAUUCUGAGAGAGGUAUGGUGUUAAAUAAUUUGAGACAAUUCCAGAUAUCAAAAGCAAAAAACCUUGAUUAGUUGUCAGCAUAUUAAGGAAAAUUGUUAUAUUAAAUGUGAUUGUUCUGGGUUGGGUUGUUUAAAGCUGGGAUAAGAUAACCCAGGGUUAGUGUGAAAUUUGAUCUCAGAUCUGAAAGCUUUAAAAGAAAAUUCAGUUAAACUAAUUUUGCCUAGAAUUUGAGUAUUGGAUGGUCUAAAAAGAAUAGAGAAAGCUAUCUGAAAAAUGAUCUGGAAUAGAGAAAUAUAGAAACCUGGAUUAAAAUUUAACUCCAUGUUAGCACCAGUUGGCCUUCGAACAACCUGGCCAUCUUGGCCGACCUGGAAGAUGAACAGUACAGGUAUCAAAAUGAAGCUGAAAUCCAGCGAGACAUAUUUCAUAGACGUCUCUGGUUUUACUGCAUGGUUACUGGGGGUCUGAAUACAAUUUCAUAUCAGCAGGUUUCAGUAGUUGGUUACAGUCAAACACAACUGACCUAUCGCAAGAAAAUCUACUUGUAGACAAAAUUGACCAAUAAGUUUAAUGUGCAGGACGUAUGAUUGUUGACUGUAAAGCAACUCCUUGCUAAUUAUACAUGUAAACUCUUAUGAUGUCUUCUGCUCAGUCAGUCAUCAUUCAUGGUCUCUUCUCAGGUUUGGGUGGCAGAUCGGGGGGGGGGGAAGACCUGAGGAUGUAGACCCCCUCCCCCUCCCCAUAAGACACAUUUCUCAGAUUUUGUAACAUGUUCAUGGUAAUUUUGAUUUGUCUGGUCCACAGAACCUGCAGAGGUUCCAUCUCAGCCAGUUUAUGCUGUUGUACAGAAGAAGCAAAACGAAAAAUUGAAUGAUAAAUCCUCAGAAGAAAUCAGUGAUACAACAUCUGCAGGUAAUGUCUUGAUUGCCUCAGUUGGUGCCUCACCUGUUACUUUAUGUUUUAUCAAAUCUGUAAGGAAAAAACUGACAAAAUUUAGAUGUGAGAUGUACAUGUUGCUUAAUAUCUUGACAAGAAUAUUUGUCAUCAGUGUUGAUAAGAGAUCUUUUAACGUCUUUCCUUUUUUAUUUAAUGAAAGUUGCAAGAGAAUAGCAGUCUAUGAUCUCAGAAAUAAGAGAAUUGAAAACUUACCAUCCAAUCCUCCUCACCCACCCCCACCCCCCCCCUCCUUCCUACCACCUAAAAAAGAAGAGAUUAAAACUGAUAUAAGCUGAUUAGUAACAUGGUUGUAAUAAUUGUAAUUGUGGUAAAUAUUCGUGCCAUUUUAUGGAAAUUUUACUUUUAAUGAAAAGAUUGUUGAAACUGAAAAAAAUCAAUAUGCUAAGAUGUAAUUUUUUUGGAGUUUUUCUUGCUCUGAUUUGUGCUUAGUUAUUUCAGUUUCAACUAAGGUUUGAAAGUUUUGACUCCGAGACUUUCAGUUGCAAAAUUUAAUUGGUGGUGAUUGUCUUUGUACUUAACAGAUAUGCAGGCACCAGACAAGCCUAGGUAUGCUGUGGUGCAAAAUGGUUCAGUUGAAUCUCUUGAUCAGCUAAGAAUACCAGCAGCAUCUGGUGAUGAUGAUGAUGAGUCCAGUGAUGAAGAGAUGCCACCACCACUUCCUUCAAGGUUACCAAACCUUGAAGAUACUAUGAAAAGGACAGAUCCUUCACAGAAUACCUUCCAGUCUGAUCAAGUGGAGAAAUCAGAGGAAAAGCCAAAGAAGGGUGGUUUCAAAUUAUUUAAAAAGAAACACCACAGACAACUGUCUGAUGGAAAUGUAACUGCUCAAUUAAAACAGGACACAGAUAGCGGUGCUAUUUUUUCAUGUGAAACUGAAAGGAAGCAAUUCCAUCAUCGUCGAUCAAAAUCACAUGCAGACAUUGUGACACUUGAAGGAACUGGAGGCAGAUCAUUGAGUCCUACAAACACCUUUGAAAAUUACUCAGAAAUAACAAUUCCAUCCAGUAAAGCAAGGAGUUCUGACAAAGUAUCACCUGUCCAACCUUAUUUGGAAGUUGACAUAACUGAGCCUCCCUCGACACCUACUGAUUUCAAUAAAGAGAAAAUAUCCAUGGAAGAGGAUAGUGAGGAUCAAAAUGUUUCCUAUGAGCUACCUGAGGGCUGGAGGGAAGUGAAAGGUGACAAUGGUACUUAUUACUGGCAUGUUGCAUCUGGAACAACACAGUGGACCAUGCCUCAAGUUGCAACCAGACCUAAGGUGAAGGCUUGUAUGUUAGUGACGCUAUGUCUACAUCAUACAUUUUAACCCAUGGGAUGUGCACAUUUUGGAUUAGGUACUAGUUGAUUGAGUAUAAGAGGGCUGGACAGGAAAACAUUUGACUGGAGGUCUUGAUGUAUAGAGGGAGUGUAGCCACCCCCUGCUCUUUCAUUUUCCUUUCCUUUUUUUCACCCCUUGUCUGGUUGGCCAUAUGGCUUUUUUUCCAGCCCUGCUCAAGCCAUCAUGAGUGAUUUUCAUACAUAUGCAUGGAAGAGAAAUUUUCCUUUAGAUGAAGUUCAGUUUUGAAAGCAAACAUAACAGUGUACUUUAUUUCAUAUGAUUUAGAAGAAGUCAACUGAAGAAGUAAAACCAGCAGAAAGCACAGAAAGACAAAAGGUACCAUUAUCCCUAAAUAAUGCUUUGUUCAAACAGGCUGUUUACAAAUUGUGAAGACUGUGGAUGUACUGUGGACUACAACUUAAUAUUAUGUACUGUGACAUAAAUUUACUUCUUAGUGUAAAAAAUGAUCAAAGGCAUGAAAGAAAGUGUAAAUAGCAUUUUCAGAAAAACAUAUUAAGUUGCUUUUAACAAUUAACAUUUAACACUUUCAUUCUGCAGUGUGGAAGCUAGGGAAAUAAAGGGUUGUUGAAUGUUUAUCAUUUCCUCAUCACACUACCAAUGGUGCAUUUCUUUUAAUGUUAGCUCAGAUGAUUAAUAAUGGUAAUUGCACUGAGUGGAGUGCAAUUUGGGCUGAAAUCAUAUGCGUGAUUUCAAAAUUGAUCAAGCGCGCAGCGCGAGUUAAAUUUGAAAUCACAAGUAUUAUUUCAGACCAAAAUUGCAUGACAUGAGGUUCAAUUACCACUUUAUUAAAUCCAUUUUGAAAUCGCAAAAUGUAGGACUUGGUUAGUUCAAAUAUUUUAUUGAUGCAGUACUGAGCCGCUCUGAGAUUAAAUUCAUGUCCAUUUAUUUUUUUUUGGGGGGGGGGAGGGGAAAUAAGAGUUAAGAAACAAAAGUUGCAAAAUUUGCCACAUGCUACUCCUUGUCUUUCAUUUUCCUGCAAUUUGAUUGGUUACUUUAAACAAGCCUUAAAAUCUGAUUGGUUUGUUUUGUUUUUAGUGUAGCCUCCUCAUUGACUGGGAAAAAGAUGCCAUUUAAAGCAAAAAAUGGUGCGAUUCAUGUAUAAAUCACAUCAAUUAGAGCCAAUCAGAUUACAGGAACCACCAGUGAUUUCAAAAUGGGUGUAAUAAGGUUUUAAAUCAAACAAUAAACUCACAUUGAUAUCUCAUCAUCUCCCUUCCAGACUAUGUAUUUACGUGUUGGUCACUCAUGGGAGUAUAAGAGUUAUUUAAUUUUGAAUGUUUGCCAAUUUUUUGGGCAGGUCUUGAGUUUUCCUGUGCACUCCAUGGGUUGGAUUGAGCUCGAAGAAAGCCAAGUUGCACCGCAUAACAUGAGUGAUACUAUCUCAGACUGUAUCUCUACCUUGGCACAGAAGAGAAAAGAUCUCUGGCAAACUGGAGAAACUUGGGGAGAGGUAAAUGCUGUAUUCAUUAUUUGUUUAUUUAUUUAUUUAUUUAUUUGAUAAGCACUCAGUUGCAUCUAAGCUUGGACUUGUCCUACCAAUCUUGCUUUAUUUAUGGUGAAAAGAGUUUCUUUUAAGAUCAUGACUCAUGAGCAAUUACAGCAAUUGCGACCUUUUAAACUUUUUUCAAGAACACAAACAAUAUUUACUGUUUUGAGUUCAUGUUUCAUUACUAGGGCGGUGUCUUUUUGGUGGCAGACUGCUUUGUUAAAAGCUUAUGUUUGAAUGUUAUUAUUAAUAUUAAUUAAAAGUCAAUGAUGAACACAAUGGUAAUACAUUUUAUCAUUUGUGUUCCUUGUUAUGAAUUCCUUCAGGGUAAGGACAUCAGAUUGUUGCUGGAAGGUGACACUCUUAAGCUUGCAGAACCAAGAACCAAGAACACCAUGCUUAUCCAACCUGUCUCUAAAAUGAGGGUUUGGGGUGUCGGCAAAGAGGAUCAGAGGUAUUGACUUGUAAGCUGUUUUGUUAUCUGAAGAUUUUAGUUGAUUCAUAUAAAUUUGUGAACAGUUGGUCAACAUGGAAUUACUGUUGCUUACAGUUAAAAAUAGCUUAAAAUACAGGGAUGGCUAAGAAAAAGCUACAUGAUAUAUAGUUUAACAAAUAUCACAUCGUUGGAGUGAUAUUCAUUGCCCCUUUAAAAAAUUCAGCUAUCAAUGGGAACAGAGCUUGUUAAUUUAUCAAUGUUUGUUCUAAAUUGUGGGUUAUUACCAUGAUUGUAAUCAGGGCAUCUUACCACAGAAAGGUGAGUCUGUAUACACUUUUAUAUUAGUAGCUCUUAUGCAGUCUAUAAUGCUUUGUAUUUUAGGGACUUUGCUUAUGUUGCACGAGAUCCUUCAACUGGCAAGCACAAGUGUCACAUGUUCCGUUGUCAUGGGAACAUAUCUGGUCGUGCAAUCACCAAUGCCCUACAUGAUAUGUGUAGCAAGAUUCUAGAGGAAAAGAAAAAGGCUCAGGAAAGCACUCGUAAGAUAUCUGCUCAGAAGCCUUGGUCAGAUAUCAUUAAUACACCACCUCCUUCUUCGGCAAGAGGUACAUCACUCUUAACUCAUUAGUCUCUAACAGUUUGUAUGUUCUCAAUUCUGUUCUUUACAUAUAUCUGUGGUGUUUAAUGCAUUUUUUUAGUUUUUUGGGAUGAUUGUGGAUUAUGAGCAGCAACCUCUUUAGGGAGCUUAAUGUCUUGUCAUGUAAAAGGCCAUCAAAAAGGAACCAUGUAGUGAAAAGUGUAAAUGUUAUGGAUAAAUUAGUUACUGUAAGUACCUGCAAAGAUUUGCUGCAACACCCACUGAAUCAAACCACAAAAAUCUGUCUACUCUCUUGUUGUCUAAUAAAACCUAAAUGCCCAGAAAAUAUUUCAGAUAAUACAAGAAGUAAAUUUAAGCAUAGAGCAUGAACAUAAGCAUAAAGUAUGAGAAAUCACGUAGCGCAAAACAGCAGCCCUCACAGUCAAAUGUAAACUGCAAACUUCAAACUGCAUGCCAAGAACUACAUUUUGUGAUAUAUUGACAUUUGCUAUUUAAAGCAAUUUGCAAAGAAAACAAACAAACAAACUUUAAGUAACCAUUGUUUCUGAUAAAUGUUGUUUUGCAGAUAAUGCCAGUUUUAAUGAAAAACCCCAUGUUGAACCAAAGAAGAGCUUUUCUGCUAGAUAUGUUGGGAGCAUAGAUGUUCCAAGACCAACAGGUUAGAUAAUGAUGUUAGGUAACUUGACUGAGUUUUAUCUGGGACUGUUUAUAAUCUGGAGAGAUCAUUUACGAUUAGUUUUAUCUGUGAGGCUAAUUAACCCUUUAACUCCCAGGAUCUGCUUGAUAAUUCUCCCCUCUAGCUUCUGCAAAUUUCUUUCAAGAAUUUGUGUUAGAUCAAGAUAAUAAUGUAUACCUGAUGAGCUUGAGUAUUAUCAUUACCUGUUUGCUGAAUAAUGGGAGAAGUUAUGUUAAUCACUUCUAGGAGGUUUAGGGUUAAGUUUGCUCAGGUUUGGAUUUGUUUUAAGUGGAGGAAUUUGGAAAUGAACAUAUCUUGUAUGACUGUUUUUUUUUUCCAUGGUGUUUUUCACUUUUGUUCCUUUUUUUAGGUGUGGAGAUCUUGAACAAAGCAAUAAGUAAACUAACAAGUAAAGGUGGCGGUGUCAGUGGAUGGAGAACCAUUCUCAUUGAAAUCAGUGUAUCAAACAUCAGGAUAACAGACUGCACUGUAAGCUGCUCUCUCUCUAUUUUCAGCCCCAAAAUAAUGUAACAAAAAUUUAGAUGGACUAAUAUGAGAAUGACACUAUUAUGAGGGCUCAAACAGGUAGCUAUUGUUAGAAGGAAGCCAGUAAUGAUACUGACGCUCUAUGGGUGGCUGUCAAAAUGUACUUUACCUAGCAAAUGUUCACCCCAACAACAAUUAAGGGUAUUACUUUCAAUUGAUGUUGUACCAAAUUCUUGUAGAUGAAUAUACAACUGAAAAUAAUGUAUAGUUUAGUAGGUAGGAGGGAGAAUUACUGUGGAGAUGUUGGGAGUUUAAGGGUUGUAUUGCAAAUUUUAAGUUUACUACAGACAUUAUAUUUAUAGUCAGUCUCUCUUACUGGUAUUAAGGGUAAACACAAGAUUUUAAUGCCAGUAAACAAAAAUCUCAAACUGUGUAAUUAUUAGCAGGUAAUUUAGUGUUAACAACUGGGUUGAAAACGUAAAUUAGCUACCGUAAAGCUGACGUUUCGAGCGUUAGCCCUUCGUCAAUCGCUCUGACGAAGGGCUAACGCUCGAAAUGUCAGCUUUUUUACCCUUUACGGUGGCUAAUUUACGUUUUCAACCCAGUUGUUAACACUAAAUUACCUGCUAUACUCUCCCACCGACGCAGCACCACAGUUUCUUUAGAAACUUAUCCCUUUAUUCAUGUGUAAUUAUUAAUCACACAUUAAUCACAUGAAUCGUGCAUUAAAUUGCACAUCUCACCACUGUCAUACUUAGUGACUGUUCUUAAAUUUUCUUCUUUGUCAGACCCAAGAACUAAUUUCUGAAGACCGAGUUAGAUUUAUGUCUUUCUUUGGAGUUGGAAAAGAUGAAAGGUAAAUUACUAGUCAUUAGAUAUCCUUGGAGUCAACAAUUUGACUAUUCCAACCAUUAUCAUACAAGUGGAAAUAUGAUAUGUUUCAUAAUUGUACAGUUUGUGAUCAAAUUCCCUUCAUUGGCAACAGGAACAAAGGAAACACUUGACUUUCUUUACUUACAACCUGUGGCUUUUAAGCUCACAUGAUAGUAGUGCCCAACCAGCUUCUGUGAGGUGCUGUCUCAAUCUUGAUUGAAUUUUUUGAAACUUCUUAUGGGUAUUUUACCAUGAUUGAAAUUGCAGUUCACUAAACCAUGACAUCCUAUAUGAUAUACAAAUCAUGCACAGAGCAGCUAGCCCAUGGUGAUCUGUGCUAACUGUUAAUUUUUUUUCAAAAUAGACUUUGUGGUUACAUUGUUACCACAGCCCCAGAUGUAUUUGUGUGCCAUGUGUUUCAGUGCUCUCCUAAUGCUGCUCCACUUACAAAGGCAUUAGCUGAAGCAUGCGAGGUAAGAUUAGUACUUCUGUCAUCUCAAUUCUUUUAAAAAGAAAAUCCUAAAUAAUGUUCACGGCAGCUGCUCUAUGAUUUUUUUCAUUACCUUUGGUGUAAGAAUUUUUAUGACACAAAUUUUGUUUAUAGCAGCUUAUUUUACAACCUGCAUAUUCACUUCCUUGCUUAGUUUUCUUUUUCAUUCAUUCACUCCUUUCCCUCUGUUUUUACUUUCCAGUUUUUUCCUCCAUGGUCUUUUUCCUUCCUUUGUCUGUCUGUUUUUCUUUCCAACUCAUCAUUCGUUCAUUCUGUCAUUCAGUCAGUCUCUCUGACUGUUAGUCAAAAAAUCUGUUAGUCAUUGAGUCAGUCUUUCAGUCAUAAAGUCAGUCUGUCAGUUAAUCUGUCUGUUUGUCUGUCUAUCUCUUUUUCAAUCUGUCUGUUUUUCUGAAUUUUUUUCAUGAUAAUUGCAGCUCCGUUUCCAAAAAUGUGUGGAUGCUCAUCCAGAUAUUAUACAGAAAGUGGCAGCUUCUGAGCAGGAGAAAAUAAGAGAAAAGUCUGACAAAGACAAAGAUAAAGAUAAGGUACAAGAAGAUGAUAUGUCAGUCACAAAUAUGUAGCAUAGUUUUUUCUUUUGUUUGCAAAAAUGUUGACAUGCAAGCUAGUGCAAAGAAUAAUUUCAAAUCAAUAUGAUUUUCUUAUCUAUUUCCUGUAAAACUCAAAGAAAAGUAGGAAUCAAAGUAGAGGUAAUCUUAACCCUUAACUCCCAUGAUUGACCAAGAAAUAAUUUCUCCUUACAAUUAAGAUCAAUACAAUAUCAAGCAGACAAUUGAUGCAUGAGAAUGAAGAAAAAAUAUUGAUGAGGGGAUAAUUAGGAGAUCUAAUACUAAAUUCUCUGAACUAACAUUAUAAGAAUUGUAUGAAAGAUAGUAAGGAGAAUUAAUAAUGAGAUCUUGGGAGUGAAAGGGUUAACUAGAUGGUUUUUAUUGUUUAUUCACAUGUUUUAUUGUGUGUGUGUUUUCCCAUGCACUCUGUGGGUAGUCACUGCAUACUUGUUUUCCUCCAGUUUGCCUCCUUUGCUAUAUAAACAUUUUAAUUAAUUUUAUAACAGGCUGGUUUCAUUACAAGUGUUCAGGGUUUGCUUGGAAAACUUGGGACAAAGAAAGGGGGAGGGAAAAAGGUCAGUACAGCAAAGAAAAUGCAUUGACAACUCACUUUACGCCCUAACAUCAGUGUACAUUUACUCCAUACUGUUCUCCAUACAUUUCCUAUGGUACUGACAAAGAGAAUUUGUUUAACAAUCAAGAGCGUUUUUGGUGAUCAUUUCCUUUAUUCUCAUGACCUCAAUGUUUGUUUUGGAGGUGAUAUUGAUAGGGAAAAAUGGUCAGUAAUUACUGUUUAUAAGGGGUUAAAUGGUUAAACGCCCUCCCAAGCUCCCUGGAAGUUUGUGAUAAGCUUUGCUCCCUCCAAAUCAAAAAACAAGUUUGAAAAAAACUUUUCUUAAGCACUCAUUUAAGCCAGGAAGCAUUUCAGUUCAAAUUGUACAAGAGACCAGUGUUAAUUUCUUUUCUAAAUAUCAGAGGUCUCAAAAAAAAGAAAUUCAUACUUUAUUCCUUCCAUCAUUCAUUAAAUAUUCAUCUUUCAUUUUGGAGAUGAUUCAGAAGAAAAAUUGAACAACUUACGUUUUUGGCUGUCAGGGCCUACCUGCAUUGGUAGAAAAGUUGUUUAUGGAGAGAAAUUUUCUGUCAUCCCCAACACUUUACAUGGGCGGAUGGUUUUUCCAUGACUUGACAAAUUUUGGCCAAAGCAGACCAAUUUUUAAGAAUCACCUAAAUAAACAUUGCCACAAUAAACUUGUCAAUCAUUUGCCAUAAGAGCUACAGCCAGUGUGAAAUUGAACUGAAUUCAGUUUACUAGGAAGGCAAUAACUGUCUUUUUUUUGCAAUACUCUGAGAUUUUGCAACUCAAAAACAAUCCAAGAUGAAUCCUGGAAGUGAAGUUUGAAUCAUUGGCAAACUAUGCCAGCUAGUCUGAUGAUCCCUUGUGAGCAGAUCAGGCACUGACAGAAUUUGACGGCUUUGAAAUUUUGUGGAGACAUAUCUAGUUUUUUUUGCUAGUGCAGGAAAACCCUUAGUUAGAUUUUAAUACAUAUAUACUCCCCACGCUCUUUUUGAAAGCUAUCACUAGUUCCUAGUCCCCUUGCAGGCCCUAUUAGAACAUACAGUAUGUUGUAUUGCCAUCUCUGGUUUCUAUCAAACUUUUCUAAUAUGUUGCAUCAUAGUCAUAUUUGUGACUUGGUGUGACUUAGAAAAGUGGGGUGAUGUGCUGUUUAAUGUAUGCAACACCUAAUAAGAAAACCACAACUCAUUUUCACUAUGUACACAACAUUUUUCAUUUUGCUACUUGUCUGUGUUAAUUAAUUAAAAUUUUUAUUUCAAACCUUUAACUACAUAAAUAUGGACAAAAUUUUCUGUCACUGACUUGAGGAAAAUUCUCUUCUUUUUGGAACAGGAGGAAAGUAGCACAACAGAUAACAAACAAUCUUCGAUUCCUGUGAUAACAUGCAAACCAACUCACACUUUUAUGGUGAAGUACUAUGGUGCACUGCCUGUGGCUGUUGGAACAGGGAUAGAAACUGUGGAGGAAGCAGCAAAGGUGAUUACUGUAAUAGCAGCUGACAUCAAUUUUUAUUUAUAAAUAACUUAAUUUCUGGAACUUUGCUAAGUGACACCCUGUUACUACACCCUUAUUGUGAUUGUAACCCUUUGUUUGUGCCUUAGAUUUAAGAAAUAGAUUGCACUUUCCAUCUUGUUACCUGUGUAAUUACCCAUGUGGGAUGUUGGGAGAACUCUUGGAAAGUUAGUAAAUCAUGUGCUGGAGGCGGGUGAUAUGCUAACUUUUGGAAUUUUUAUAAAAGUAACUUCAAAUUAGCUAUUUAUUUAUUAUUAUUAAUAUUAUAAUUAUUAUUAUUUUAAAUUUCAUGUUACAGGUAUGUGAUACACAUACUUGAAAUCAAUAAAGGGCAAUAUUGCAAUACUAUACUUCACUGACAAUCCUAUUAAAACAUUUUUAGUUUAUAUAUAUAAUAAAUUUAAAAUGUUUCAAUGGGUGUGCUGGUGCAAUAACCAAGACAUUUUCUUUCCAGGUGCUGUUAGUAUCUCAGUUAUUUUAUAUGAGAUUAUAGACCAUUAAUUUCCUGAUCAUGCCAUUUUAAGGACACAUUGAAAUAACUGGCUUCAGACACAUUAAGUAUAGGAUGAAACCCUCAUUCAUGUAGAAGCUAAGUUAUAUGAUCCCAGUUGCACAAAAAUUCCUCUUUUUAUUUUUUACUCUAUAGGCUGACGACUUUGAAUUCUUAACCCAUUACACUGUAACAUCACUAUCCAUAUUCUCCUUCCUGUUCUGUUUACAUUUUGUAAGGUUCUGAUAAGGAGAAUUUGUUCAACAAUCAAAAGCUUCUUUAGUUCAUGAUCAUUUCCUUUAUUCUUGACCUUACUUGCAUGACUUAGGGGUCAGAUUGUAGGGAGAAAUUAUAUGCUCGUCACUCUUAGGGGUCAGAGGGUUAAGAGGAGACCUUUUUUACUUGGCUUCUGCUUUUGGAGGUUAAUUUGAUUGCUGUGUGGAUCUUUUCUGUCCCCAGCACCCUCCUUUUAAUGAUAAUUGACUAAAAUUCUGGAAGAAUUUUAGGCUUCAAAGCAAUGAGCUGGAAAAGUUUCAUUCCAUAUGAUUUCUUUUUAGAAACAUUCUGUAAGUAUCUUUUUUUACAAUUAAAUUCUUAUUUUGUAGCAUUUGACUGGAGGAACGCUACUGAUUUGUCAACUUGAUGUUGCACUCAAUGGAGUAACACUUUAUGACAGUCAAAGAAGUUCACUUUCAAAGAGGAAUUUAGAUGCUGAUACAAUAUCAUACUGUGGUCUCACAAGGUAAUGCAAACCAACUCUUUUAUGGGCAUCUGCAUGAAGAAGAAUUAGUUACCACUACAGGCUUGUGAUGUCAUGAAUUACAUACAUAAAUAGAUGAGUCAACAAUGUGCAUUUUAAGUCUUGAUGAAUUGGUGAAUAUUAGUUGAUGUAAUUUUUUAGCUGAACACGGCCUGCUUUUAAGUUUUACUGACCUUACCCAAAUCACAUAUACAUGCUUGUAAAGAACAAAUUUCACUUACAGGUAUUUUUAAGAACAGCUCCCUGAAAAAACCUGUAAGCUGAGAUAACCAAAAGGUCACUUACUGGCUACUGACAGGUUAUUAGCACGAGUUUACUUCGGAGCUUCGGAGGAUACACAUCUUUUUUCCAUUGUAGUAUCUAAUACCCCAUCCACACCAGCAAAACAUGUUUUGUUAAACUGGUUUUUAUUGAAUGAAAAUUAUAAACAGAGAACUGAAAAACUUGAUUUUCCAUAGGAUUCAAGUACUUGCUAACUUGCAUUUCCAAUGUGCUACAUUCAAGUCAAAAAAUAUUUGGUUAAAUAGUUUCUAUGAAGAAAAAAAAAAUUAAACUGUGUUUAACAAAACAACUUUUAAACAUGUUUAAGCUUUGGUGUGAAUGGGGCAUAAGUCUGCCUAAGUUUGGAUGAUAGAUAUUAAUAGAUGGUAGUAUUGAUACAGACAAGUUACUGACAGAUUGCAGACUGAACAUUGACUGUCUGUCAGGUGCCUGUUGGCCAACAGGUGUGUAUUAAACUGUCGGUAACAGUCAACUGACUGUCAGUGGCCAGUUGCUGACAGUCGGCAGACAAGUUUUUUUAAGGGAAUUGUUCUUCACAUUCUCUUAAACUUCAAUUAAAUGUUGAAGGGUGACUUGAACUGAAUUAGGUGUGGUUGUUUUACACAUUAACUGGCUUGCAGCCUCUGAUAAAUCAGGUUCAAAAUCAAAUUCAAUGGCCACUUACGGCCUCUUAUGUUUCACUGUGCUUAGCCCAUUCAUUCCCAAGAUCGCCUUGUUAAUUCUCCAAACUGUCUGCCUUACAUUUCUUCAUUGACCAUUGCAAUUAACUAGGUAGUGAUAUAGGUCACUCUAUAUAGUAGCUCCUUUUUUUUUGUUUUUACAGUAACAGAAGCCAUUUUGGACUCAUCCAAAGCAUGGGAGGAGGAAAAUACAUUUGCCAUGUCUUUGCAGAGUACAAGGUGAAGAAAUAAAUUUAGUUUUUAAUUUUGUUUAUAACACUAUUUUGGUAACUGGUCAUGGUAUUAAACGCAACUACCUGUAGCCAUAUUUGUGGUGAGCCAUCGCUUUCAUUUGGGUCAAAUCAUGCCAUUCUCUUUUAAAACCCUUUGUUUGCACCUUAACAUACUAUUCUUCAUAAAUCCCCUCUGUGUUGUUGAGGAGAAUUUUUUUAACAAUCCAGAGCUUCUUUAGUAGUUGAUCAUUUCCUUUGUUCUCUUGACCUUAAUGUUUGAUUCAGGGGCAAUAUUGUAAGGAGAAUUUUAAUGCUGGUCACUCUCAGGGGUCAAGGGGUUAAGUCAAGUUUUUGUUGGUAGGAGAUUGAGCCUAACUAUAAAUUUUCAGGGUUAUUUUUUCUAUUGAUUUUUUUUUGCUUUUAAGAUUUUUUAUUUUAGUUGUCAAAUUCUUAAAAAGCAUUAAAAAAUUUAGCUCAAUAUUUGAGUAGAUUGUUAAAAGUAAUUUGAUUGCAUUUUAUUUUUUUUUAAAUAUUUCAGACUAAGGCAGGGCCAAUUGUUGCAGCUAUUCAUGAAACAUUGUGAAUACCAGGGAAAAUUCUACAGUACAAUCACACAGAAUCAACAGAGAUGAAUGAUAUGAUAAUUUUACCCCCUAGCAUUGUAAUUGUUAUCGUAAAAAUAUGUAUUUUAUUUCCUUGGAUUACAGAGGACAGCAGAUCAACCAAAAUGUAUGUAAAUAGAAUUCAGGGAGCUUUAACUGAUUUAUGAUUAUUAGCAUUUGAAUUGUAGAAAGCACGAUCACUUUGACUUGCUAGAAUGCAAUAUUUUUUUUUUUUUUUUGCUCUUUAAGCAAAGGCCUUAGAAGUUGUCUGCAUCAUGUUUCAAUUGAUCUGAGUGUGAAAUACAUGUUAGAGGCAAAUGAGAUUUGCAAAUUGAAGGGGGGGGGGGAGUUUGCUACUUGGUCAGUGAGGGUUUUGAAUUUUCAACCAAAGGUAUGAUCAAUGUGGAAAAAGGAACAAAGAGGAAUAGUAUAUCAAGAUGUGAAUGUGCUUCCUUCACUUUCAGUCAUGUUUGUCUUGUUUAUUACUUGUUAGCAUUUUAAGGACUUGUUUUUAUACAAAUGUUUUAAUUAUUUUUGGAAUAGAACGUUAUUUUUGUAUACUUUUGCUGCAAUUACAGUUUGAAUGACAGAACAGAUGGAUUUAGUGAAUGAAUGAAUGUAUAAUUAAACAAUUGAAUGACCAUAUGAAUUGAUGAAUACAACAACAAAUGAUUGAGCGAAAUGAUUGUUUGGGACUAGGUGACGUUGGGAGACAAAUUAUGAAGUUUGAAUUAAUUCUAAUUAUUUACUGGGUUAAAUUAUUGAGUAAAAGUUGAAGAGAGGGAAGAAAAGGAAGGAAAACGUUUUGUGUGCUUAGGUGAUUAUCAAAUGAGAGAGGAUUUCUAACAAUUUGGUUGACAGCUGAAUUCAUUAAAAUAUUAUCACAUCACAACUGAACGUUAAAAAUUAUAGAGGUUGGUUGUAAAAAAAAAAAUGAAAAACUUCAAGAUUGAAACGCAUUAGUUUUGAACAAGUGAAGUUAGAUAGGUAUGUAAUUAGUAGUAAUAGUUUGAAAGGCAAAUGACCAGUGAAGAGAAAGAACUCUUCAGGCUUUUAAUUCGAGGGUCAGGAAGUGUGGCUUGCUUUUGUAGGUUUUUGACAAAGUUUGUUAGGAAUGUUUGCAAUUUGAAUGCAGUAAAUGCCAUGCAUGAGGAAUUUAGAGACAAUGUAAUAUGAAGUUUUGCAGUUUGAAAGCAGCAAAUACAAUGCUUGAAAAUUUGAAAAUAAGAGUUGAAAUUAUGAUGCAAAGUUUUAGGCUGGCCUUUAAACUUAUUAUGCUACUGUUGUAGUUGAGUAAUUGCUUGGAUCAGGUAGUGUUUGCUGAAAAUUGUUAUAAAUGUUUUCCUUAGUACUACAGCUUUGGUAGCAUUUUGAUGAACAUGAGUAGUUACUGUUAUUUUUAUGAGUUAAUGACGAGAGCUGGCCUCAGAAAAGUUUUUCCUUGUGUUUGUUUUUAAACUCACUUUUUGCAGUUGCCUUAAGGUGCUUUUGAGUAAAUAUCAGACCUGGCAUUGUUCAAAUUGACCCUUUGAACAGUUGGAAAAAUUCAAAAAAUUAGAUUCUACAGUGCAAUUAUAUUCAAUGACUAUUUCUUGGAAAUUAUAGUGUUGACUUUUUCCUUUAUAUUUCUUACUUUACUUCCUAAACUUGAGAGUGGUUAUGAUAUAUUACGAAUAUUUCAAGAAUGAAAAAGCUAAGUACAACAAUACCAGAUUUACCAAUUUUGGUUGAACCUUUCUUUAAAGGAAAAUAAUAUAUGUUAGGUAAAUGUUAUUAAUUCAUACUUAUUUCAAUUUUUUUUAAGAUUUAUGGGUAAUAAAUUACAGAGUAACAUAAUAUAUUAUCAUUCAAAAGUAAAGUUAAAUCAUUACAAUGUAAUGAAACAGGAACAAAUUACUUAUUACUCUACCUGAAUGAAAUUAAUACUGGAUUUCAUUUGAAUAUAUAAUUAGGAAUGUGAUUUAUUUUUUGUAUGAGUU